UGCUCCAGUUUAUUCGUUGUGUGGCAGAGUUUUUGACUUUGGAAAAAAAUUUGUUGUUCUUAUUAAAGUUCAUAAUUUAUGAAAAUAAUAUAUUUUUAAAGAAUUUUAACAGAGCCAGGAAAAUAAUAGCGUAAAACAUUAAAAAUGCUCCCAAAUAUGCGUACCCGACGCGCCGUUGGUCUCCAUUUGACUGGCAAGGGAUAUGGUCCACAAGCGAAAAUACCACCCAAAUACUCAGAGGAAGAUUGGGAUUUCAACAAUCACGUAAAAUUUCGCAUUACCUGCGAUCAGGAGCGUUUAGCGGAACGUAUUGUAGAGGAGUCUCAACGUGUGGUAGACGAAACCAAAGACACAACCAAGAAUUGGCAACGUGAAGUAGAACAUCACAUGCGUGAACGUACCAGUGAGAUCCGAUUCUUGUUAGAUGAGUUGAAUAGACAAAAGAAAACUGCAAUGCUGGAGGAUGAGGCGCUGAAUACAUAUCGUAAUCGCGUACUUAAUGCUAUUGACUUUUUGAAAGAGAAAUCAUUGGCCAUCAAUCAGCGGUGUCAGAUAUUACGUGAGGGACGGAUUGGCGUAGAUCUGUGCGAUGAUGAAGUGGAUCGGUGUUUGCGUCGUGAAUUAAAGGUUAUAAAGGGUUGUCAGUGUUUAAUGGAUCGUGCACUGAAGGAGGCAACCGAACAAAUACGAAGUCUACGCGCAACAAUGUAUCUGUUGGAUAAAGAUUUGGCACAGAAGGACAAGUCACUUUUGAUUGAUGAAAAUAAUUUGACUCUCCGAGAAACUCAACGGAAUAUGGGGCAUGGAAAAGAUCUCUCUAAUCUGGAAUGUCGUUACUCACUGGGCGAGUGGCAACAUCAGACAUAUAAAAACAUUGAAGACAACGCCAAAGAGUUAAAUUCAGCCUCACAGCUUCGUGCCUACAUCGACUUGCUGUUAAAGCAGGUGUGUGAGGAUAUGCAAAAUCAAACGGAUCGCACUAAUGAGGCUUUUGAGCGACGCAUCGCCGAGAUGAAACAUGUCAAGAAGUGUUUAGAGGAUAAGCACAAUGACUGUAUGAUUCAUAUACACGAGAUGCAGCGUAACAUACAGCAAUUGGAGAAGGAGCUUGUCGAUAAGCAACGCUCCUUGACUCUUUGUCAGACACGAUUGAGCAACCGAGCUCGUCGUCCGGGCCUAGAGCUGACCUGUGAUAGUGUACAGGAUGCACUCUAUCAUGAAAUGGAAGCACUGCAGGCAUCAAUAUGUAAACUGAAUGUGAAGAUUAAUGAAAACAAAGCCUCUUUGCGUUAUUUGCUUCACGUACAGAUAAUGCAAGAGGAGGAGAUCAAUAUUAAGGCAAAUAGUAUCAAAAUUGAUGAAGUGGACUGCAUGACUAUUAGACAAGCUUUAAAAUAUCAAUCAUUCUAAAUAUCUUUGCACUUAUACACAUAUACUUAAAAUUAAUCACCUAAUGAAAUUUUAGAAAUUUCAUCAUCAUAUCAUUGGAAAAGGGAUAUUCCAUUGUGCAUAAAUUCUUAGAGAACAUACCGAACACUGCCAUGCAUACAUAUCUACAUUAUAUUACGCGUUAUAUUUCAAAUAAAA